AUGUACGAUCAGGAACUUUACCAGAAGUUAACAGACUUUGAUAUUCGUUUCUAUGUGUACGAGCUUCUCAAGGCUCUGGACUACUGCCAUAGCAUGGGGAUCAUGCACAGGGACGUCAAACCACACAACGUCAUGAUCGACCACCAGACGAGAAAGCUGCGUCUCAUAGACUGGGGUCUGGCUGAGUUCUACCACCCAGCUCAGGAAUACAACGUCAGGGUGGCCUCCCGUUAUUUUAAAGGACCGGAGCUGCUAGUGGACUAUCAGCUAUAUGACUACAGUCUGGACAUGUGGAGUCUAGGCUGCAUGUUGGCCAGUAUGAUCUUCCUGAAAGAGCCAUUCUUCCAUGGCCAGGACAACUACGAUCAG